AUGGGAUUCUAUCUUAAUAUCAAAUCUAAGGCGUUUCGGCUGAAACGGUUUCUGCUAGGACAUGGAGGCAGAAAAGGAAAGCACAAGGUGGCAAAGAAGCCUUUAUGGAUGAUGCCAAUAACAUAUGGUUAUCAUGUGGUUGAACAUAAUAUGACCAGAGAUGAUUCUGAUAACUCAGACUUUGAUUCAGUUGUGGCGCGCAGAGAGGAAAUGAAUCAAACAGAAUUGUGGUAUUUUGGAAUCUUUGAUGCACUAAUGGGAGACCGGGUUAGCAAGUACAUGCAGGCUCAUUUCUUUGACAAGAAGCUUCAAGAGAAUCAUAUAAGGAGUAAAAGCAAGGAAACUCUGAAGAGGGCUUACCUUGGUGUAAGAGCAAAAAUCAGAGAGGAACACAAAUUAGUGGAGACAAGCAGAAUGGGUUCAGCAUCUGUUAUGUUGAUAAAUGGAGAGAAACUUGUAGUAGCCAAUAUGGGGGAUUACAGAACUGUUGUGUGCAGAGAUGGCAUAGCUCAUCAGACGAUUAGCACAUACCAACAAUCAGAGAAGGUACAUUGGUCUCGCCGGUUAUUUGCAGGUAUAUAA